AGCAGCGAUCCAACGGUGGAGAACACGUCCCUUCUCCAUUCCUCCUUUUCCCCACUUGCGUUUCCUACUUGAGCCAACUGCUUUACAUCACCACUCACACCCCUCCCUCGUUGCGUCAAAUACUUUUCCUCUCACUUUUCCCGCCCUUAAAUUCCAUCAAUGCAAUUGCAGAUGCAAUCUCUUCAGCUGCUCCCCCGUUCCCGCUCCACCUCUCUCUCUCUAAACCCUCCGCCUGCAUUUCCUGUUUCUUUCUCCUCCGAUCGGAACUGCCCGCCCUCAGCCCUAAAUCUCGGUUCGAUUCGAUUUAAUUCGAUUAAGAUGGAUUCUGCUCGUUAUUCUCUCUCCAAUGGACUCGGCGCUACCAGUCAAGCCAUUGCCCUGGGAUUUGACGAUUGCGACCUCGACCGUUUCGCCGACGUCGGCAAUCAGCUAGCAGACGCCGCCGGCGAUGUCAUCCGCCGCUAUUUCCGCAAGAGCUUCGACAUACUCGAUAAACCGGAUUUGAGUCCCGUGACGAUUGCUGAUCAGGCCGCGGAGGAGUCAAUGGUGAAAAUAAUACAGGAGAAUUUUCCUUCCCAUGCAAUUUAUGGAGAGGAGAAUGGAUGGAUGUGCAAGGAAGAGUUUGCCGACUUUGUUUGGGUUUUGGAUCCUAUAGAUGGCACUAAAAGUUUCAUCACUGGAAAACCUUUGUUUGGAACUCUAAUCGCUUUACUCCACAAGGGUAAACCGAUUCUUGGCAUUAUUGAUCAACCUAUCCUGAAAGAAAGAUGGAUCGGCAUAUCUGGGAAGAGAACUGCUUUGAAUGGACAGGAGAUCUCAUCACGUUAUUGUGAACAACUGUCAAAAGCAUACCUGUAUACAACAAGCCCUCAUUUAUUUACUGGGGAUGCUGAGGUGGCCUUCGCUCGGGUUAGAAGUAAGGUCAAAGUGCCACUUUAUGGCUGUGAUUGUUAUGCCUACGCCCUUUUGGCCUCAGGUUUUGUGGACCUCGUGAUUGAGUCAGGCCUCAAGCCAUACGAUUUCCUUUCCCUGAUACCUGUGAUCGAAGGUGCCGGUGGAGUUAUAACAGAUUGGAAAGGGGAUCAACUUUAUUGGGAGGCUUCUUCUAAAUCACAUGCACCUAGCUUUAACGUAGUGGCGGCAGGGGACAAAAGGGUCCAUGAAGAAGCUCUGGAGACGUUGGAAUGGCACUAGUGCUGCAAAAACCUUGGGUUAGUAGUCUUCCGCUUAUCCACCUACCAGUUACACACAAUAACCCUAGAGGAAAUAAUAUUUGUGCAGCAUGGAUUUUGUAAAAUCUUAAUAUCUAGUUGGCCGUUGUAGCAUUUAUGUAACAGCUCCCUUUAUUUAUCGACUCCCUUUAUCAGUUUAAUACAUAUACUAUCAAUGUUAACAGUUUUGUCACAUUAUUAGAUUCCCGGUUUUUGAUGUUUUCAA